CACAAUCGUAUGAUCCACAUCGUAGUAAAAAUGGUCGGAAUUUGGUUCCUCCUCGCAGCAGUCCUCCAGGUGCAGGCAAGUAUUGUUGGUCGUAUUCCUAGAAACACUAACGAAUAUCAAGUUUUUACUGACUCAAUAACGAAUAGAGAUGCUUAUGGAGAAUGCUAUAAAAGAGGUAUGAUGCUUGCUGUCCCAAAAGAUGAGAGUGCAUAUAAUGGCAUAGUUAAUGCAAUCAAAGCCAAGGGAGCACUGGAUACAAAACGUUUCUGGUUCGGCAUAAGAACAAUCGACGGAGAUAUUAAAACAAUUUAUGGAAGUAACGCUUACUACCGAGCAUUUGCACCUAACCAGCCCAGCGGUGAUGGCGACUGUAUCGGUCUUUCGGUGGAACAUGACUAUGCGUACGACGAUUUCAGCUGUGGGAACAGGGGCAUGUACGUAUGCGAACCCCUAGAUCUUGAUUUUGCUGCACAGCUAUUAAAAUACAAAGUUUUCGAAAUAGAGAAAUCCCGUGAAGAUUCAAUAAAUGAAUGUAAAAAGCAAGGCAUGGUACUUGCCAGAGACUACAAUGCAAAUACCCAUGCCGCCAUUACAAUCAAAAUAUGGUCACUUGUGGCAAGAACGGAGAAUUUUCACAUUGAUGCACUCAAAAGUGGCACAGACAUCGUAUCAAGUGAUGGCACUGUUCAGUGUUUUAAACCAUUUGCAAAGGGCGAAGUUGAUGGACAAGGUGACUGUUUUUAUCUACGGAGGACUAAGGAUUUGCAGUGGGGCGAUCAAAAUUGCGUUAUGACGUUUGGAUAUGUAUGCUACGACGAAUAUGCUACACUUGACUAAGGAAUACAUAUGCCAAAAAGAAAUUGAUCCUACCGAGAAGCCAACCAUGAACCUACUUCAUGACAACCAAUGCUGGUCACCCUAUCUCGGAUGAAAAUAUACAUUGCAUGAAUAAAUAAAUAAAUAAAUAAAUGUG